AUGACUAUUAUAGUCUUCAUUAUUGUUGGCAUCAUCGUGAACUGUGGCGCAAACAUUCAACAUACAUAUUUCGGUGACAAAUUUUUUUACGUGGGUGAUGCCCCCUUUGUUAGUGGGAUCAGGGGCUUUGCCUCUGUUUUUGUCACAGCCUCUUUUGCAUACGGCGGAACGGAAAACGUUGCAGUCAUUGCUGGUGAGACCAAAAACCCAGCACAGACCUAUCCCCGCGUAAUCCGCAAUGUCUUCUGGCGGAUACUACUUUUCUAUGUGGUGUCAAUCAUUAUCAUCAGUCUCAACGUACCAUACAACUAUCCCGGUCUUUCCAGUGAAAAUUCCUCUACCAGUCCCUUUACUAUUGUCUUCGCCGAAGCAGGCAGCGCUGUGGCAGGCAGUUUUAUCAAUGCCGUGAUUAUGACAAGCGCGAUCUCGGCAGCCAACCAUGCCCUUUUUGCAGGAUCCCGCCUUCUCUACACCUUAGCUAUAGAAGGAUACGCCCCACGUCAACUGAGCCUCGUCAACCGUUUUCAAAUUCCUUGGGUAGCGGUUCUCACCACGGCAACCAUCAGCGCGCUCUGCUUCGGGGCCAGCAAGAUCGGUGCCGGUCAGCUCUGGUCCUGGCUGCAGAAUCUCGUCGGAGUCUCCAACCAGCUCUCCUGGGUGUGCAUCUGUAUCGCCUCACUCCGAUUCCGUGCCGCCAUUCGUCAUCAAAAUCUGGAGCAUCUGCUCCCUUUCAAGAACUUCACAUACCCCAUGGGCCCGGCCCUAGCAAUCGGGUUGAACAUUUUCCUCGUCCUCAUCCAGGGAUGGUCUUGCUUCAGCCCGAAGUUCGAUGUGGUCAGCUUCGUAUCGUAUUAUAUCGAGAUUCUGAUUAUGCUAGGAAUGCUAUUUGGGUGGAAGCUUUUCAAAAAGACCAAAAUCGUUCCUCUUGACGAGAUGGAUUUGAUUACGGACCGGUACCAGCUUGAGGCUGAGGAGACUCCUCUAGACUCGCAUGGUUUUGGCAUCGCUGUGAAGAAGGGCUGGCUUAAUAAUAUACCAGGAAUGGAGUUGUUAAAGGGGGUCGGGAAUUGGAUAUUCUGA